AUGGCGCACCAUUCCCCGGGGUCUGCUGCAGCUGGCAAGAGCAGCAGCAGCAGCCCGAGGCUGCUGCUGCUGCUGGAAGGAGAUGCCCUGCUGUUUGACUUUGCGAGCCUGGCGAACUGUUUGCUGCAGGGCCUGCUGCAGCAGCAGCUGCCUGCUGCUGCAGCGCAGGGUAUGCUGCUCCCGGGCGUGCCUCUUGAGAAGGCAGCAGCAACCUGCGCCUUAGGUGUGCUGCAGCAGCAGCAGCAGCAGCAACAGCAGCAGCAGCAGCAGGGGGGAGCCUCGGCAGCAGCAGCACGGCGGGAAAGGGUUGCAAAGUUGCUGCAGUCUCUCCAGGGGCAGCUAGCCACCGUAGAGGGCCCCGAAGCAGCAGCAGAUGCAGCAGCAAAUGCAGCAACAGAUGCAGCAGCAGAUGCUGCAGCAACAGCAGGUGUGCUGGCAGCAAGCACUUGCUGCUGCUGGGCCAGAGGGCCACUCAAGACUGCAGCAGAAGCUCCGCAGGCCAGCAGCACCAGCACCUGCAGCAGCGUGCAGGACAGCAGCAGCAGCAGCAGCAGCAGCAGGGCCGCUGAUUAUGAUGCUGCUGCGCAGCACUCAUCAGCAGCAGCAGACGCAUCAGGAAGCGCCGCUGCAGCAGGCACAGCCGCAGCAGCAGACACAGCCGCAGCAGCAGACACAGCUGCAGCAGCAGACGCAGCUGCAGCAGCAGAGACAGCUGCAGCAGCAGAAGCAACACUAGAAGGGUUCAGGCUGCUGCUGCAGCGGCUGCUUCCUUGCACAAGGCCUCAUGUGGGGGCCCUGAGGCAGCUGCGCCGCUGCUGCUCUGGGGGCGAAAUGGCAGUGGUUUGCUGCAGCAGCAACGGGAAGCUGCUGCAGCAGCUGCUGCCGCUGCAGCUGCACUUGGGACGGAACGCGCAUGCUGCAGCAGCAGCGGCAGCUUCGCAAGGAGCCCCAGCAGCAGCAGCAGCAGCAGCAGCAGCAGCAGCAGCACCCGCUGCUGCUGCUACGCCCCUGCUGCCUUCUUGCCAUUUGAUGCAUCUCAGCAGCAGCAGCCCAGAAGACUUUGCUGCUGCUGUGCAGCGGGUUGCUGCUGCUGUGUCCGCUGCGCCUACUGCCGCAGCAGCCGCGGGGGAUAUCUGCUGCUCUGGCGGCACGUGCUGCUGCUGCUACUGCUGCAUCUGCUGCAGCUCGCCACAGCAGCAGCAGCAGCAGCAGCAGCAGCAAAAACAGCAGAUCCCAGUCGUCGUGGCUGCUGCUACGGUGCCGUUCGCAAAUCUCGCUGCUGCUGCAGGCUUUAGUGUAUUUGCGCCGCAGCUGCCAGCAGCAGCAGCAGAGCAGCAGUUGGUAACCCUUGAGCAGCAGUCAGGGCAGCAGCAGCAGCAGCAGCAGCAGCAAGUAAAACUGUUGAAGUGCCUCGAGUCCUUGGACAUCAUCUCGCUGCGGAAAGCCUAUGGAAUGCAGCCCUUGCAGCAGCAGCAGCAACAGCAGCAGCAGCAGCAGCAACAGCAGCAACAGCAGCAGCAGCAGCAGCAGCAGCAGCAGGUUGACGACGACGAGGCCACGCCUGUUUAUGGAGAGCGCGUUGUGCCUCUUCGUGCCUUAAAGAAUGUGUCAAAGGGCAGCAGCAGCACAGCAGCAGCAGCAGCAGCAGCAGCAGCAGCAGCAGCAGGAGUGACAGCGGAGGCCCGGCGAAGCCUCCUGAGAUGCGGCUGGGGCAGCUGCUUCCUGCUGCAGCAGCCGCAGCUGCUGCAGGGCCUUGUAGUUCGCGGCUUCGGCAGAGGCAGCUCUUUACUGGGAAUCCCUACGGCUAAUCUCUUGCUGCAGCAGCAGCAGCAGCAGCAGCAGCAGCAUCUGCUGCAGGAUUUCGACGCUGCCGUAGACCUCGCACUGGUUCCGGGGGUUUACUUCGGGUGGGCGGUGCUGCUGCCUGAGGCUGGGGCGCAGCUGCCACAAGGUCCUUACAAGACAGUUCUGUCUUUUGGAUUUAAUCCUUAUUUCGCCAACAGCAAAGCUACUGUGGUGAGAAGCAGCAGCAACAAACAUUUGGGGCCCCCAGCAGCAGCUGGAGGGGCCCCCAGCAGCAGCUGGGGGCCCCCUUUCAUUUUUAUUUCCCACCUCGUCGCUGCUAUUCAAAGAGAUUGUGAUUUGGCCCUCGCGGCUCUGGCCUUCCCUGAGGCAGCAGCAGCAAGGAAAUUGCUGCUGUAA